UCGCCACUCUUUGCAGGUUAAACAUGGCUGCGCUCUUAAGAUCUGCCCGGGCACUGAACCUCUCGGCUUCCCCUUUACUGCAGAUAAAGAGGACGAGCAACCAUAGACAAACUAUUAGUCGCUUUUACAGCAGGACGGUAGGCGGUAGAGGAAUUGGAGUUUGUUCGCGACAAAUCAUCUCAGGAUCAUUCAAUGUGAAGAGUCUCUCACCAUGCAGCUCAGCUUGGCCAUGCUCAGGGACGAGGUACUAUGGGACGCCUGCAGAGCAGAAGGUGGUCGCCCGAGAUGAGCCUAGUCUAGGUGUGCGCAACAAGCAGUCCCAUCAGUUUGACUGGGCUCUCGCUAAACUAGACAGCUCUGUCAGAAGAACUGGCCGUGUCACCAAAUCGCUACUCCAGCGCAUCUUUCAUGAUAUCUGCCGAACAGGCUACCCCAGUGGGAACCAGGCCCUCCUCCUGCUGAGAAGCUGCGGCUCCCUGCUGCCCGAGCUGCCCCUGGCGGAGCGCACGGAGUUCGCCCACCACAUCUGGGGGAAGCUGCUGGAGCUGGGUGCCGCCUACGAUGUCAGCCAUUACAACGCCCUGCUGAAGGUCUACCUGCAGAAUGAGUUCAAGUUCUCCCCUACUGAGUUCCUUGCCAAAAUGGAAGCAGCCAAUGUGCAGCCCAACAGAGUAACCUAUCAGAGACUGAUUGCAGCAUACUGUCAAGUCGGUGACAUUGAAGGUGCCAGCAAAGUCCUGGGUUUCAUGAAGAGCAAAGACCUGCCCAUCACGGAAGCUGUGUUCAACUCCCUGGUGACGGGGCACAGCCGGGCAGGAGACAUGGAGAGUGCCGUGAACAUCCUGUCUGUGAUGAGGGGCACAGGCAUCGAUCCAGGGCCGGACACCUACCUGGCGCUGCUCGUAGCCUAUGCUGAAAAGGGAGACAUGGAUAAAAUCAAAGAGACUCUGAACCAAGUGGAGAACACGGACAUCAGUCUGAUGGACAGAGACCUGAUGCAGGUGGUGUUCACGCUGACCGUGGCCGGCCACCAGCAGCACGUGCCAGAGGUCCUGGAGCACCUGCGGCAUGACGGGGGCUUUGUGCCAGAUGCUAUGAACCUGUGUUUGAGCCUGAUUACCCAGGGUCAUGAGAGCACAGCGUUUAUGCUGCUGAAAACAUUCCCCAGUGUGCAGGCGGAUUCCCAGAACAGCAACGGCCCAGAUGUGGGCAACUUCUUCCUCCGGCACUGUGUAAACACAAACAAGUCACCUGAAGAGUUGGUUGGGUUCUGCAAAGGUCUGAUGGAUUCCAACCUACACGCUGCACCGAUGCAGUUCACACUCUACUGCGCCCUAGAGGCCAAGAAGAUGGCUCCAGCGAUAGAAGUGAUGAAGACGAUGAAGGAGGAAGGCCUUCCCAUCAGACCUCACUACUUCUGGCCUCUACUCGCCCAACAUAAAAGAGACCAAAACACCGCAGGCACGCUGGAGGUCCUGAAGGCCAUGCAGGAGCUGAGUACAGAGCCAGACAUCGACACCUACUGCAACUACGUCCUGCGCACCUUCCCCUCGGUGGACAGCGCCCGCACGGCCCUCGCGGAUGCUGGAAUCGCUGUGGAUACUAUAGCCUUUGUCUCAGCCGAGGUGCGAGCUGAGGCAGCCGAAGGAAAUCUCGCGAGACUGUUUGCUUUCUUAUCCUCUCCUUCCUUGCCUGCCAUUGACAUUGGUGUUUUCAGAGGAAACCUGAUUGCUGGCUUCAAGCGGUCAAGCGAUGUGGAGAACAUGGUCAACCUCACAGAGCUUCUUUAUAAAGACACCCGCCUUAGCCAGACAAGCACAGGCACUGGAGAAAACAUGGCCUACUUUCUCUAUCACCUCUUUGAUGGAAUGAGUGAAACUGAGGUGCAGGCCAAAGAGGAGGUCCUGAGGGAGUACCUCCAACAGCUCCACAAAAAGGGUAUCUGCAUUCCUGUCAACAUCUACAGAGGAAUCAGGAACAUCCUGGACUCUCACCAUGUGCCAGAGCUAAUUAAGGAUGUUCUCACUCUCGUGUACAACAAAGAAGUCGAAAGCAUCAGUACCAUCUCUAGUGGUUUGGAGAGCAGGGUCACUCUGGAGAGGAAGUUAGAGGAGCUGAAGGCCCAGGGGUCAUCUGGGGACAGCGCCGGAGCUGCCCUGAUCUUCAAACGGCUCAUCAGUGCCGUGUGUGCGGAAGAGAACCUGCCCCGUGCUCUGGAGCUGAAAGCUGAGCACGAGGACAAGAUGUCCCCUAGCUGCUAUGCCUUGCUCAUCAACCUGUGCUGUCGUCAUGACAACCCAGAGGAGGCGCUGAACCUGAAGAGAGAGCUGGCCCGCAUGGACUCCGAGGCCACACUGGACGUCAACAAAUAUAUGAGUCUGUUGAGGGUGCUGUCCAAACACAACCGGCUGGAAGAGGCAGUGGACAUCCUGAAGGAGAUGAAGGAGAAGGACGUGGUGGUGAAAGACACGGCGGUCGUCCUGCUCUUCCACACGUUCAGCGCGGUCGCCCUGAGGGGAGACGUCGCCGCCUUGCGCCGUCUACAGGACACCACCUUCGCGCUGGGCCUGGCCAAACCCACCAGCAACCUCUGUUCGCCCAUGGUCACCAUGUACCUGGAGAAAGGAGACUUUGCUGGAGCUCUGGAGGCUGUUAUGGAGUGCGAAACGCAGUACCAUCAACUGCCCCGAAUUCAUGACGUCCUCUGUGGCAUAGUGAAGAAGGGCGAUACCGAGCUACUGCAGAAAGCCAUGGAUUUUGUGAGCCAGCAGCGGGGCGAGAUGACCGUGCUGUACGACCUCUUCUUCGCCUUCUUGCAGACAGGUCGCUACAGGGAGGCGCGCAAAAUCAUCGAGACCCCAGGUUUGAGGGCGAAACCCGGGCGACUGCAGUGGUACGCUGAGAAGUGCAUUGGAAGCAAUCAGAUGGAAGCUCUGGAGACAAUGGUGGACUUGACCGCGAAACUGUUCGAGUGCGACCGAGAUGAGAUGUACCACUACCUGCUAUGUCUCUGCAAGGACACUAACGACUGGAGCAAAGCAGAGGCUGUCUGGACAAAGAUGCAGGAGGAGAACGUCAUUCCACGAGAAAGGACCUUGCGCCUGCUCGCAGACAUCUUCAAGACCAACAACCAGGAGGUGCCCUUCGAGGUGCCUGAGAUGUGGUAUGAACAGCAUGAAGCUAAAGAGCAUCAUGAAGCUGUCAAUGGGGAGAGAGCAGCUUUCAGGGCUUCCUCUCUAAAAGAGGCGUCUCCCUCCCGCUAUCAGCUCAGAGUCAUGGCUCUCUGUAAGAAGAGGAAAGUCCAAGAAGCCUAUAACGUGUUGAAGGAGGCUGAAAGGCUGGGCAAGGCCCUGGUCCCUGCCUGCUACGAUGCCCUCAUCAAGGCCUUGCUAUCCUCCGGUAGCAUGGAGGACGCAAUGGCAGUCAAAGACAUUGCAGCCAAUCACAUCACAGGGUUCCAGCUGAGCGACAUGGCCCACAACCUUCAAAUCAUCACGCAAGUGAAGCAGGAACGCCCCCAAGAUGCCCUGGCUAGUCUUAAAACCAUGCUGCAGAUGGACCAGGUACCCUCCCAGCUGGCCCUCACCCGAUUGGUCCAGGGCCUCGGUAACCAUGGAGACAUCAAGGGCAUCCAGGAGGUGGCGAGCUUAAUUAAGUCAUUAAGCCCCUCCCUCAACAUGUCCAGCAUGCUGUUUGUAAACAACAUGGCCCUGGCCCACAUUAAAAAUGGGGACCUUGAGCGUGCACUGGAGGAUCUGGAAUCUCUGUACACCCAGACCGCCGAUCAUUCACAACAAAGCAUUGCUUUUGUCUUCCGUAAAGUUGUAGAAGCACACAAUGACGAAGCGUUCGAUAAAUUGAGGACCAUGGCCGAGCGGCUGUGUCAUCAGUUUGCCUCGUACAAGCCCGCCACAGACCUGUUCCUGCAGUGCCUGGACACGGGCAGGGUUGAGGAGGCCAGGCAGCUGCUGCAGCGUUGUGCAGCAGUGGCUGAGCAGAAGACCGCCUUGGUGUCGUACAUGGCUAAGGCGUCUCAGUCACCAGGCCAGAUUGCUAAGAUUAAGAAUCUGUUGGAACUCAUUCCAGACUUUGCUGAGAAGGAGCUGGUGUACGCCUACAUGAUGAAGUGUCAUGCUAUGGAUAAGAACCUGGAGGCAGCGAAAGCUCUCUAUCGGCGCAUGCAGGCGGAGGGGCUGCAGAUGAACGAGUUGUCCCUGAAGAGACUGGCACAGCUGUACAAGAAGGCGGGCGAGCCGGUACCUUUCGAGGAGCCCCCAGAGACUUUCAAGUUCUAUGCAGACAAACUAAAGGCCUCCACGUUGCCAAGUCCUGAAGAUGACUAGCCCAACCCUCCAUUCUUAUCGCUACUUUUUUUUUUAAAUGUCUGCUUAAAUACUGUGUAAUGCUGUGAAGUUGAUCAUAAUGUUUAAUGUUGAACUUGUACAUGAUUCCACCGCUGAUAAACAUUAUGCGAUGCCAUGUACAGACAUAUUUAUGCUAGUAAAUGCGUUAAACAACA